AUGCUUCAUUACAGUUACAGCACGCCGCAGCCCUCCCCGCCGAUGCCACCGCUCAUUGGCCCCGCGACGCCCCGCACCCCGGGCUCCGUGCCGUCGCCGCUGCCGCCGGCCUCGCCGCGGCCCGCGAUCACGCUCACCGCACCGCCGUCGUCCAACAAGCGGAGGCGCCGCGGCGCCGGGGCCGCGCGCUCCUCCUCCCUGCGCGCCAUCCGCGCCGUGCGCGCGCUGUUCCGGUCCCUCCCGAUCCUCGCGCCGGCGUGCCGCUUCCCGGGCGUCAUCCCGCGGCACGGUGGCGGCGGGCCGAGGGGCCACGACGGCCACCACCACAUCGGCGCCGCGUCCCGCACGACGGGGACGCUCUUCGGGCACCGCAGGGCGCGGGUGACGCUGGCGGUGCAGGAGACGCCCGGGAGCGUGCCCGUCCUCCUGCUGGAGCUCGCCAUGCAGACCGGCAGGUUCAUGCAGGAGAUGGGCGCCGAGCACCUGCGCGUCGCGCUCGAGUGCGAGAAGAAGCCGCCCGGCGCCGGCGCCGGCAUCGGGCGCGCCAGGCUGCUCGACGAGCCGCUGUGGACGGCCUACGUCAACGGCCGCAAGAUCGGCUACGCCGUGCGCCGGGAGCCCACGGAGGGUGACCUCACGGUCCUACAGCUCCUGCGCACGGUGUCGGCAGGCGCCGGCGUGCUACCGGCUGACGUCGUGGGCGGUGGCGGCGCGGGCGCCCCCGAGGGGCAGGAGGCCGGCGACCUGGCGUACAUGCGCGCGCACUUCGAUCGCGUCGUGGGGUCCAGGGACUCGGAGUCGUUGUACAUGCUCAACCCUGACGGCAACAACGGGCCGGAGCUUAGCAUCUUCUUCAUCAGGAUAUGA